CACAGCACUGUUCAACGCUACAGCCGAGCAGCUCUCAAGGAGUCAGGAAACGUUUAUGAGGAGCUAACUACACGAGUGUGCAAGACAGUAGCAACACGGUGCCAGGAGGCGGUGUGGGGUGUCAGACCGAGCAGCCUGCCAGUAUAAGACCCUUCAUCCACACUUCCCCCACAGUUCUCUGAAGCCUGGCGACCAGUCUACAUCAGUGGUUACUACAGCAAAGGCCCUGUAGUGGUGGAGUACUGCUUGUCACACAUGAUGGAUCUAUUCCUGUGGAUUGUGCACUGAUUUAUUCUGUGUUUUUCUCAUUCUACUUCUGUGAUUGUCUAAAUACGAUGUUUUAAAGAAUUUCUUCAAAUCUGGAUUUAUAUUCAUCACUGAAGCUCUCAACACUGACUGUCAGAUGACAGCCAAUAUCUGGACUUAUUCAACAAGAUUAUAGAGUACACCUGUUUUUUAAUUUGAAUUUAUUCUCAAACCAACAUCAACAGUCUUUAUUCUAUCAUAAAUCAUUUUUUGUAAUUUGGUGUUUGCUGACUUGACAACGUGGGCAAACAGAGUUUCAACAGCUCAUCCAAAACAAGCUGAAGUGUUUCUCAUUUGAAUCCUGUUUUUUCAAUCAAGACGAUAUUUGUAACCAGGAAUCUGUUUUUUCUCCGUACUUUCUUGCAUUGAGUUAACAUCCUUGAACAACAUGGCUCAGAGAUUCAUUCAGGUUGUGAUUCUAUUUAUCAACAUGGGAGUGUUUGCCACAUUUCUACCACAAAAAGAUGUGCAUGUCGCUGAAGAAACCUGUGUCAUGAGCUUUGUAAUUCCCAGAGAAAAAGUGAAAAAUUCAUGCCAAUUAGAUGAAAGGGUGAAACAACGAAUGAAUCGGAUGGAAACUAAGUUAAACAUGUACAGACGAGAGGUGAGCCAACUUCAAGGUCGUCUUCAGAAGGAAAGACAACUCUGUCAUGACCGACUUCAGGCCCUUGAGGCCAAAAUGGCCACCUUCGAUCCAACGACCUAUCACACGUUGGCGAAGAAGUUAGAAAAUCUGGAAAUAGUUCUUAAGAAGGGAAGCGACACCUUGGAGCCAGUUGAUAGGAGAUAUUCCAAUGGUGCCCUUAACAAAGGCAAGGGUUUUAAGACAAAUCAAUUAUAUGACAACGAAAAUCUGGAAAGUCUUGUCAAGCCAAUUGUCAUAUCCGAAAUUGAAAACUACUUGGAGAACUUCACAAGGAAGUGUGAGGGUACAGAAAAAACUAAAGAUAUUGAGAACAAUGAAAUCGUGUUAGAUAUGUUGCCUCGAAACGAUCAGUCAUAUGCCGACAAUGAAGACAUGAACGGAAACACAAGCAGAACUCAUGACAUGAUCAAUGAAAUAGAAAACCUCCAAAACAAACUAAACCAGACGGGAGAAGCGCUGGCUUCAGCAGUUGGGAAAAUACUCAAAAACGUAACGAUAAAAGGCAACAGUGUUGUUUAUCGCGACAAUGUCACACAAUCAUCAAACAGUUCCCAGAACUCAGACCCAACAAAACAAUCAAGGGAGAUAACCUACAAGAAGGAUAAAGCUUCCUCAAGGAUUUCAGGAAAUGACGGAGGGUCUGACAGUCAAAACGAUGCUCAACAUGAAAAUGAUAAUAUGUACGUCGCUAACGUGUACUCAGAUGAACUGGAGGAGCUACUCCGAUCCGAAAUCAACAACCUUCUGCAAUCUCGCAUGGAGGAGGUCAUCAGCCUCAUGAGAAAGCAAUCGUUGAAACUUGUGACAGCCGUUGACCAGCAAGGUAAAGACAUCGAUAAAAUAGAGGAAGGACAAGAGGAAAAGAUGAAACGGAUGCAGGACAGAGUUGACGGAAUCAAACUCGAGCUAUCAUCCAUCUCACAGGCAGUUCAAGAAUUUUAUGCCAAAAUGGAAAAAAUGCAGAGUUUGCAAGUUAUUGUGGAAGAAAUUAAGAAAAACAUGAGUUCUAUGUCAGCUUCGCAAAAUCAAGACAUGGUGAGCAGAGUCGACGAGCAUGGAAAGAAGUUGCGCACACUUGAUCGGUUGCGAGGUAUCUUCCAACAGUCCCUGCAGCAUUACCGAAAUGAGAGCAAGAUGGCGUACACAGACAUGCAGCAUAAACUUGCAGGCCUCGAGGUCAACCUGGCUCGCGAAUUGUCCUCAGAGUUGUAUUCGAACAUCACCUCUCAGUUCAACUGGCAAUUUGAUCGUUUUAACAAUACACUGAAAAGCAAGUCAAAUUCCAUGGAGACUGCAGUUCGUAACCUCGAAGAUAAUUCGGUUCUUCUUCAAAUGGAUAUCAAGAACUUAGAGAGGCGGCAUAAGUCCAAAACAGGAAAGCUGGAGGAGGAUUAUGGGAACUUGAAAAAUCGUGUAGAGAGAGUUCAGAACCAGAACCGGAAAUUGAUUGAAAGUGUCAGUAACAUGAAGAGUGAUCAAAGGACGCUCCAAACCCGGUUGAACUCAUCAUCGUCAACACUGGCCAGUUUAGAAAUUGAAUUCCGGCUCAGUGUGACCGACACGUGGGUCGAGUAUGACUUUGAAUAUGACACGUCACGUACAGCAUGUUUUGGGAAGCAAUAUAUCCGGAAGACAAGGUACAAAAAUGGACGUCUGGCAGGUGUGGUGUUGUGUACCAAUAAUCGCUAUAAAAUCUUGUUAGCUAAUUGUGUGACUGAAAAGUUUUUAAAUGUCGGCGACAUUAGCGGUUUUGGAGAGGAUCACUGUGAAUUUGUUGGGACCACAAAAUCCUCCAUCAUUCGCCUCAGUCCUCCUGCCAUAUCAGCGAAAACAGAAGAAGGAUUUGCCCGAGACAGCUGGGGUCAGGAGCCACGCAAGAUGCACCUCAAUUUUCUGCGUCCCUCGCCUGCGUGGUACGAGUGUGGGGUGCAGAUCCCCUAGAAGACGCUACACGACACUAUCUUCCAUCUUCUACUAGCAACCGCUAAAUGAGACGCCAUUUUAUAUCAUCUCCUAGCAACCAUUACACAACACCCAGCUUCCAUCAUCCCUAGCAACCACUACAUGACACCAUUUAAUAUGCCCUAGCAACCACUACAUGACACCAUCUAAUAUCCCCCAGGCAACUAUGACAUGACAUCUUCCAUCAUCUCCCAGCAACCACUACAUGACACCAUCUAAUAUCCCCUAGCAACUAUUACACGACAUCUUCCAUCAUCGCCUAGCAACCACUACAUGACACCAUCUAAUAUCCUCUAGCAACCACUACAUGACACCAUCUAAUAUCCCCUAGCAACUAUUACAUGACAUCUUCCAUCAUCGCCUAGCAACCACUACAUGACACCAUCUAAUAUCCCCUAGCAUCCACUACAUGACACUAUCUAAUAUCCCCUAGCAACCACUACAUGACACCAUCUAAUAUCCCCUAGCAACCACUACACAACACCAUCUAAUAUCCCCUAGCAACCACUACACAACACCAUCUUCCAUUUUGUCAAAGUCAUCUGGAUGGCCCCCAGAGAUGGGUCCUGUUUCUUGGACAAGCCAGCCACUGGUCAGAUGCCACUGUCUGCUGACUGUGUGUUAUGUGACCGAACUAUGAGGAACAGAUAAGGAGGAAACUGACAAUGGGAUCUGUACAUACUUCAACAGAAUAUUCUCAUCAUAUAUCUUAAUACUGUGCCUUACACUGCACAGCAAGUGUUAAAGGGUUAACCUAUAACCCAGACUGUGCCUUUCACUGUGCAGGGAGUGUUGAAGGGUUAACUUAGAAGCCAGACUGUGCCUUUCAGUGCAGAGAGUGUAAAAGGAAUAACUGAUAACCCAGACAAUGCCUUACAGUGCUGCAAGUGUUAAAGGGUUAACUUAUAAAAAAGACAGUGCCUUACAGUGCAGCAAGUGUUAAAGGUAAUUAUUAACUCAAUUCAGACUGUGUUAACUUAAAUAACCUGGACUGUGCCUUACGGCACUUAGACUGUUAAAGGGUUAACCUUUACCCAAGACAGUGCCUAUAAUUACGACAUUAAACAAAGGGUUAACUUGAAACUCUUUUAAACCCUAAGCUGUGCCUUACAGUGCUACAACUCUUAAAGGGUUAAUUGUGACCCAAUAUUCUUGUGCCUUACUGAGUAUUAAACGCCCCAUCAAUUUUGAUAUUCCCUAACGAGUGGUUCAAAACACUUCAUAUGCGCGUAUAUCUCUUCAUCAUCAGCCUCUAGUGAUAGCACGUCACCUGGUGUUCACUCUACAAACUUUGUCUAACUACCUAUAAAUACACCAAGAAAUAAGUUAAGCACUACUUUUUCUUAGUUUUAAUUAUCCUGAACUUCCACACAGAAUCUGAAAAUAUCUACAUAUAUUAAGUAUAGGGUUAGAAAUAACCGUGUUCCUAAAAUUGUUUGUGUAAAUAUCACUUCUUGCGCACCAGUGUAUUGUUGAUGUCAUUCGAAUCUUAUUGUGACGUAAGGUCGGAAUGACAUCACACUAGAAAGGACGUCAUAGCUGAAGAUUGUUGACAUCAUUUGACAAAUUGUGGUUUUCUAGGACAGCAGUGGUGAUCAGUGCGAUUUUUCUAAAGGGGAGCUCAAAAGGAUUAAGACAUAAUGGAAAUAAAGAAAUUAUUACACUCCUAUGUGUGUCAUACUGAUUUAACAAAACUUGUGCAAGAAUUCAUGCAUUACCCUCGCUCUCGCUCAAGAAAUACAAGAAUUCUGACGCUCGUUCCGUAAAAUCAAUAUGGCACACAUGCUCAUAUAAUAAUCUCUAUUAUUGACACUGAUCUCAUUCAGGUAAAUGACCAGGAUAUCACCAGUACCUCAUGGGCAGUUGGUACAAGAACACCUUGUUUAUCAAGAUGGUCACACGGAGUCGUAUUGUACGACACAAGGAAAAAGAAGGAGCAGUGGAAAGAGAUGUCAAUUUACUAGUGCCACAGAACACUUACAGAACAUGUCAUUAGAUAAUCGAUUUCAGUAUAUGUAUUGCAAUAUUAGUAUGUCACUUCAUUUACAAAAAUAAAUGUUUUGUUUGAUAUGCAUUACUUAGAAGUUGAAGGAUGACAAAGUAGACACAGUUUAUGGAUAACAACUUCUUUAAUAACUGUGAAGACGAUGUUUCGGUAGAGAUCCUUAUACCGUUGUCAAGCAAGACUGAAUGAUGAUGUUGUUGCAUUAAGUGUUUAAGAGGUCGCCUUCUGCCUAAGCAAUUUCGGCUGACCUGUCCCUCUUUGGGACUCCUGAGUGUGAGUAGGGGACACAUAUCUACACAUACUGUUAUAAGUAUGUUCAUUAUAAACUUAGUUUACUGUAUGUUUUUACAUAAGACAUUUUUAUUUCUAGGACUAAAUGUUAGUUGACCAAAAGACCAACAGUACCACAAGUAUUCAUAUAGUGAACAUUGAAAAUGCAUAGAACAAGGAUGGGUUUACAUUCGAUUGAAGUAUUUCAUCAUAGUUUUAUAUCAGCAUCUUAGCCCCAAUUUAGUAGGACAUGUGCGCCUACUCAAGCUCUCCUGGCAAUUCAAAUAAUCAAGGCACAGAACUUCAAUAGUGUGAGCUAUAUAUAUAAAAUACUAGGCCAAGGGUACUUCAAUCAUAGCUAGUACUAAGCUCAACCCAACCAUGUUAUACUGCCCUUGGUACACCAUAAACUAGGAAAGGGGUUAAAAAUCCUAAACACUUGUUUUUGCCAAAACCUGACAAAUUAGCACCAAUACAUGUGCUAAUCAUGAGAAGCUAACUACCUAAAGAAACUUACAACUCAAAAACUAUUCCGGUCAUGUUUCCAUGUUAUUAAUGUUGGCGCUUUAGGCAUAAGCUGAGUUGAAGAGAAUGCACUGCAGUGUCUGUCCUUGACAACUGAAAGUAGGUCUCGAAAUCUACCAGCUUAGCUUUGCAGACAUUGAAGUACUUUAAACCAGCUUAAAACAUCAUUAUAGCGAAUGUAAACAACACGAUUACAGCUGGAGAAAUGGUUACACACUGAUGAAGGCGUCAUUGCCUUGUGUAGUUCUCAUUGGCUGUUCGAGAGUGGAGUCGGGAGAUAAAACCCCCUAAGUUUUGUAAUGGAGUUUCUUGAUAAUAGUCGGCAUAAAACAUAUAUAUUUCUUGUUGUGGAAAUCUAGUUUUGUUGUGAUUGAAAUAAAAAAUUUAAUGAUUAUUUAAUGAUACUUAAUGAUAUUACAGUAUAUGUCUGUAAAAGAACAAAAGUUUACUGAAAUUCUUAACAAACAUAAACAUUAUUUUCACUGCAGUACUGCUGAUUUUUAAUUUCCUUCUUAAUUAUAAUUAGUUGGACAAAUUCAUUAAGUCAACUCUCAUCUUAAAUCCUUUUCAAUGGAACUAAAUUUAUUCAUUAGAAGUUUGUUGUUUGCCGACUGCCCUCCAUAAGAGUGAGUGCGUAUGGUUUUACGCCGCUUUUAGCAAUAUUCCAGCAAUAUCACGGCGGGGGACACCAGAAAUGGGCUCCACAUAUUGUACCCGUCAGGAAUCAAACCCGGGUCUUCGGCGUGACGAGCGAUCGCUUUAACCGCUAGGCUACCCGACCGCCCCUCCCUCGAUAAGACGUGAUGUCAUCAUGAAAUAGUAAUGGUUAAAAUGGCCUACUGACAGAACACUGGAUUCCUAGUUAGGUCUUUUUAACUAAACUUCCACUGGAGAACUGAGAUGUUCGCUUCAGUAUCACACAAUGUGUAAUACAGCUGUAUGUUUGUUAAACGGGUGAACUCUUCACGGGCGAGCAAUAAAAUGCCAAAACAACACCCUUGAUAAAUGAGGAUGGUAUUUAACAUUUGAUCCAAUACAACUAAUAGUCAGUACCGUUCACUUGGAACUCUAUUGUGGGUAAAUAUUCUAUUGUCUAGGGCUGGGAUGAGUCCAAAUUUACUACCCGGGUACCCGCUGUUGGUCUCAAGUUGGGUAUAAAAUGUUCAGUUGGGAAUUGUUUUACCAGAACCCUGGCAAAAAGUAUUUAGAUAUAGUAUAAUACGAUCUGAUCAUGUAUACACUGAAGUUGACUGAAGCUUUGUCUUUACUCAAACAUAAAAAUUCAGAAAUAGUCAGAAACAAAUGGAAACAUUAGCAACUUGUACUUGUGUAACCAUGGAAUUUUAUUAUUAUUGUUAUUAAACAAUAUAUCACAUGACUAACCACGGGUCAGGUAGUCCUGUGGGUACCCGGGUCCUACUCAGGACCUACCCAACCCAAGUUCCCCAUCCCAGCCCUACCACUGUCAUGUUAGAAUUGAUGUUGAUAAAAAAAUGCAGAAUAUUAAAAGUGCCUUCAUGUUUUUAUAUAUACAUGUAUGUAAAUAUGUUUUACAAAAUAUUCAUAACGAUAUAAUAUGGUAUAUGUUAUAUGUCUGAAGUGGUAUCAAUAUAUGUUUUCAUUGUUUAUUUUGAUACGAAGGAGUGACUUUUCUACGUCACUCAAUGUGUCAUCACUUUGCAGCUGGGUAUUUAUUUAAGGUUUCUAUAUCUUUAGUCUGUGCUAUUGUUGUUUGACAUAUUGUUUGACAUGCCAUGUCAAACACUGCAAAGACUGUAAAUAGAUUGUGAUGAACUGUUUACUGCAAUAAAUGGCUUAACAUGAAA